UAAUUUUGUCUUUUUCAUUGGUCCUUAUCGUCGCUGCCCCUCUUUCGGCGAUCCGUAUAGCGAACACAAAUUGCGCAGCCGCCACCGAAAAUUCUGAGCAAAGUAUGUCUCACAAGGUCGUCUCCGUCGCCGCCGGAGAAGCUCACACUCUCGUUCUUACUGCGGAUGGAAGCUUGUUCUCUUGGGGAAGGGGGACAUUUGGGCGGCUCGGCACCAGUAAGGAAGACGACGAGCUCUUUCCGGUUCCAAUUGCAUCUUCUGAUAGUUCCAACGUGUCACAAGCCAACUACAUAGGGAUUGCUACUGGGGCUUACCACAAUCUUGGCUUACGAGAUGACGGUUCUGUCUGGUCCUGGGGCUACAAUGUCUAUGGUCAGCUUGGUCAUGACAAGGAAAAUUGCUCAAUUCCUUGCUUGGUUGAACACUUCAAGGGACUUGACAGUCCGGAUUCUUUGCCUGAUGCAUCAAAUGCAGCUAGCACUGAUGCUUCAUUAAAGAUCUGUACUGUCAAGGCAGGAGGAAUGAUGUCUCUUGCAAUAGACAAUCAUGGGUCUCUAUGGAUUUGGGGAAACUCUCCACAGGCCACCGAACAUGGGCAGUUUUGCCUCUCAAACAGUGUUGUUCCUCUUCCUGUGUGGCACUUCCAUGGUCAUACUGUUGUCAAAGUAGCCUGCGGAAAUGAACAUGUUGUUGCUGUAGUAAGUACUGGAGAAACAUACAACGGAGGCAAUGGUGACCUUGUAUGCUACGCUUGGGGCAACAAUAAACAUGGUCAACUGGGAUUAGGUGACAAGGAAAGCCGGUCGCAACCCGAAAUCGUAUCAACAUUUGAUGAGGAAUCACCUUGGGUUGUCUAUGAAGUUGCUUGUGGAGCAUACCAUACAGCAAUUCUUGCUAAUAAGAAGUCAUAUGACCAGGAGAUUGAAUCCAAGUGUUGGACAUGUGGUCUUGGUGAAAAUGGUCAACUUGGUCACGGGACUACUCAAAGCUCAUGUGUGCCGAGGCCUUUAGAUUCUUUACCGCAAGAUGCUUUCUUGAUUUCUCUCGAUUGCGGCUUGUUUCAUACUUCCGUUGUGUCUUCGACUGGUGAAGUGUGGUCUUGGGGAAUGGAGAAGGGCCUCGGACUGUGCCCAGAUGCUAGUUUCACUGGAACUGAUGCUGGGGAUGCACACCUUCCUUUGAGAAUACGGGCUCCUGAAGUGAAUGGCAUAAGGUUUACUGGCCCCGUACAAGUUGCUUGUGGUGCAGCCCAUACGGUUCUUGUUUCGGACAAUGGUUAUAAACUCUGGGCAUGGGGUAGAGGAAGAAGUGGUGUCCUCGGCACCGGCUUGACCACCGACAGUUAUGCUCCUUCACCUGUAUUAUGGCCUCCUGUUGAAAUGACAGCCAAGAAAGGAAGCAAUAGUAGAGAUUCAAUGCCGAAAACCAGAGACAAUGAAGUUGGAAAGCUCCAAGAAACAGACCAAAAGUUGUCUGCUGCGACGGAAGAAUUGAACUUUUUAAGGACAAAACUGACUCUGAUGGAGCGAUACGCCAAUCUCCUACACAUAUCAAUAUUCAGGAAGCCACUGGACGAGCGAAGGCUAUCCCAGUCACUGCAAGAGUCUGGUGUUUUUGACAUCAGAAAGGAAUUGGAGGGUGUUCUUGAAAAGGCAGAUGAUGAGGAGCUCACUCGAAUGGAGAUGUUCUAUCGUGGUAUGCUUUCUACCGUGAAGGAGAAGCUGAUGAAGAGAAGAGUGAAAGAACUUGUGAAGGAAUGCCUCAGUGAACUGGCUACUGGCAGGCAACACUCUUCCUCGUGAAUUAAAUUUCCCCCAUGCCUACCAAGAUUACGGGCUAAUCAUUAGUUUGCUGUUUUCGGGGUGAUAUUUGUUGAUUUGCUCAUGGUAUUUUAUUUAGAAUAUGGGGUGUUUAAGUUGGAUUUAGGGAUGUAAAAGCUGAAGAAGAGCUUACUUAUGUUGGUUUGAAACUGAAAAUAUAAAAAUAAAUAAAUAAACUUGAGCAUUAAUGAAUAA